AUGUCUCAUCGGAAGUUUGAGCACCCCAGGCAUGGUUCCCUCGGGUUCCUGCCGAAGAAGCGAGCUGCUCGCCACAGGGGGAAAGGUAUCGCACAGGACUUCUCAAUGAUUUGAGCUGUUUGAUUUACUUACUAUUGUUUUGGUCUCCUGUCAAAGCUUUGAGAGAUUUUUUUACAUGUUUUCUGUCUUUUUGAUAUACAGUGAAGGCCUUCCCGAGGGAUGACCCUAGCAAGUCCCCAAAGCUUACUGCCUUCCUAGGCUACAAGGCAGGAAUGACCCACAUUGUCAGAGAGGUCGAGAAGCCUGGAUCAAGUAAGUUAUCAUGCUUUUCCAGCUUCAUCAUUAUCAUUUAUCCCUUUUAAAUAAUUUCAUUUGAAUUGAAAUUUUUUGUAUGUUUCAUACGAUUCGGAUGCUCUGUGAUAUUUGGUUAAUGUGCUUUUUUUCUAGAUAAUUUCAUUUGAUCAUGAAGCUGUUUGUAUGGGCACUUUUUCAUAUUAUAUAAACCAAGCUCUGGAUAUCGAAAUAUGGCAUUUAUUUAGGUAUUAGGUAGAUCUUCGUAACUCGGUCAUGAUGAAUCGCAUUCACUUCAGGGUUUUUUCUUGUGCAAAUCAGCAGCAGAUGCAUGCUCUUGUUCUUUACAGAUGACCCUUGUAAUGCUCGAAUGCUUUCUGUGUAGAACUUCACAAGAAGGAAACCUGCGAGGCGGUGACAAUCGUUGAGACUCCUCCAAUGGUGAUUGUUGGAGUUGUCGGGUACAUCAAGACGCCUCGUGGACUCAGGACACUGAACACCGUCUGGGCCCAGCAUCUGAGCGAGGAAGUCAGAAGGAGGUUCUACAAGAAUUGGUACAGAGCCAAGAAGAAGGCUUUCACCAAGUACUCUAAGAAGUAUGAAUCUGAGGAGGGGAAGAAGGACAUCGAGGCUCAGCUGGAGAAGAUAAAGAAAUAUGCAUCGGUCGUUCGUGUUCUUGCCCACACUCAGGUAUCUAACCAGUUCUUCAAUUUCAUGGUACUUGGGUUUUUUAUACUUGGCCCGUGCAACAAUGAGAACCAGCUGCGCAUUAAAAAAUCAAAAAAUUAGUUUUUCUAUCAAUUCAACUGCUAUACGUUAUUCAUAUGGAUAAGAUGAUCUGACUCGCUGAUAUUUUCCAAGAAAGAAUCAGAAUACUAAAUCACAGUAUAUCCCAGCAGAAAAGUGAGAAGAUUUGGUAUCUUGGUUUUCUCUGCAACAGAUAAACUGAAUCGAAAGGGAUGAAAACUCUGCUUAACAUGUUCUUGCCUGAUGCUUUUCAGACGAGAAUCAGAAUUCAAAAAAUACCAUAUGACGGAACCUUUUUUGCCCCUCUUCUUUGGCCGAUGUUUUCCAGAUAAGGAAGAUGAAGGGUCUGAAGCAGAAGAAAGCCCACCUGAUGGAGAUCCAGGUCAACGGGGGGACAGUGGCCGAGAAGGUUGACUACGCCUACAGCUUCUUCGAGAAGCAGGUACCUGUGGACGCCAUCUUCCAGAAGGACGAGAUGAUUGACAUCAUCGGCGUCACCAGGGGCAAGGGUUAUGAGGGCGUGGUGACCCGUUGGGGCGUUACCCGCCUCCCCAGGAAGACCCACAGGGGCCUCCGAAAGGUGGCCUGUAUUGGCGCCUGGCACCCUGCCAGGGUCUCUUUCACAGUCGCCCGUGCCGGGCAGAAUGGGUAUCACCACCGUACCGAGCUCAACAAGAAGGUCUACAAGCUCGGCAAGGCCGGCGAUGAGGCCCAUGGAGCUGCCACUGAGUUCGACAGGUCAACUCUCUCUCUCUCUCUCUCUCUCGCUUUCGCUAUAUAUAUAUAUAUAUGUAUAGUUCUGGGCCUCUUGGGGUGUUCCCCCUCACCAUUAGCUUAGGAGUUGAUGGGUAUGUUGUCCAUUCCCUCUGUGUGUGUAUACUGUGAUUUUCCCACUCCAUCGGUUUACAAGACCAGGCCCAUUCUUCUCAUGUUCUCUCUCUCUCUCUCUCUAGAUGCAUGCAUGCAUAUAUAUAUAUGUAUAUAUAUUGCUGAGCUGUUGUGUGUGUAUCCAUCUACUUAUAUCUCACCCUUUCUCCUCUUCGUGUGUUCUUCUCGUUUCUGACGUUACAACUGGGUUUCUCUCUCUGAACUCUCUAUCUUUCUCUCUCUAACAGGACGGAGAAGGACAUCACUCCGAUGGGUGGGUUCCCUCACUACGGCGUGGUGAAGGACGACUACCUGCUGAUAAAGGGGUGCUGCGUGGGGCCGAAGAAGCGGGUGGUGACGCUGCGGCAGUCGCUGCUGAAGCAGACCUCCCGCGUGGCCCUCGAGGAGAUCAAGCUCAAGUUCAUCGACACCUCCUCCAAGUUCGGCCACGGCCGCUUCCAGACCACCGAGGAGAAGCAGAAGUUCUACGGCCGUCUCAAGGCCUGA